AUGAACAUGAACUUUAAAGCAGCUGGAGAAAGAAGAAUGUUUCAAAUGCACGAGUUAGAAGAAAUCCGCCAUAACACCUACAACAAUUCCAAGAUAUACAAGGAGAAGAAAAAGGUGUUUCACUACAAAAGGAUCAGACAUCGGUCCUUUGCUCCAAAUGACAGAGUUAGUCUUUUCAAUUCUUGCCUUAAGCUUUCUCCAGGAAAGCUACGAUCAAGAUGGUCUAGACCUUUCACAGUAAAGAAAGUCAAACCAUAUGGAGCACUCAUUCUUUGGGGUAAGAAGGGAGAUACAUUUGUCGCUAAAGGACAGCGUGUCAAACCAUGCCUCGCAGAAGAAGAAGGAAUAGAAGAAAUGCUCUUGGCAGAUCCACUAGGCUAA